UGGGCAGACGAUACAAAGUUGAUACGUGCAGCGGUCAUACAACAUAAACAUGCGCAGAUCUGCAAUACGCAUCAUAUUCAUAACUUAUCCACUGACAACUGGAAGGCAAAUCAAAUAUUAUCUGGCCAUUGAAAAACACACACAAUAAAGACAUGAAGGGGGCUAAAGGAAAAGAAUCCAAGCAAGAAGACUUUGUGCCCCUCAGGAAAAGCCUCAAAAGGAAAUCAACAGGAAGAGAGGACAAUUUCAUGUGGUCUUACUACGAUGAAAAUGAAAAAGUGAGUCGUUUAUCAGACGAAGUUGUUGAUGAAAUAAGAUGGAAAAAUGGGAUACAUAUUGAGGGAGAGGACUGCCCUAAACCAAUUGAAUCUUUCCAUGAUUUAAAUCUUCCUCCUGAACUCUCUACAUAUCUAGCUAAAAAGAAUUUCCAGGUUCCAACUCCCAUCCAGAUGCAGUCCUUGAGUUGUGUGAUGAGCGGUCGUGAUAUUAUAGGCCUUGCUGAGACAGGGUCUGGUAAAACACUGGCUUAUUCACUCCCUCUCUGCAUGCUACUAAGGACGAAGGCACCAAGCAACCCUGGCGACACACCAGUUGCUCUGAUAUUAACUCCUACAAGAGAACUGAUGCAACAAGUCUUCAUGAAUGUCUCUGAGAUGCUAGAUGUUAUCAGAUGUCCUGGUAAUCCUGGUACAUUUCCUGGGCAAGGGAGUGUUAAUCCUUUUCCACCUAAAAUAUACACACAUACCCUACCCCCUCCUAGUCAUAAUAACUUUGGGCAACAGGGUCCCUUCCAUUUCCACUCUAUCCCAGGUCCCUCCAACCAGUCUGUGAUAUAUGAUACUCAGCAGUUUACUGCUAGAUAUAAGGCUGUUGCAGUAUGUGGAGGUGUCCCUGUUUCGACUCAAACCAUUGCCUUGCGUGAGGGUGCAGAUGUGGUGGUUGCCACACCCGGCAGACUGCUGGAUCUUUGUAAGAGGGGUGCCUUAUGUCUAGACAAGAUAACAUAUCUAGUUAUGGAUGAGGCCGACAGAAUGCUUGGUAUGGGUAUGGAAGAGCAGCUUCGGAAGAUUGUUGGACUCGCUACAGGUACUUCCAGGGCCAGGCAGACCCUACUCUGGUCGGCAACAUUACCAGAGUCCUUAGAAAGACUGGCAAGAUCUGCUGUUUUGAAUCCAAUCACUAUUCAAGUAGGUCCGGGAGGUUUGAUAGCACCGUCAGUACAACAAAAUGUUGUCUUCUUGUAUCAUUACCAAAAGCCACAGAAAUUACUGGAGACUCUCCGCACUACACCUUAUCCUCCAGUCAUAGUCUUUACAUCUUCAAUUCAGAAUGUUGAUUAUGUUACAGAAUUACUGAAGCAAGAACAGUUUCAUGCUUCAGGGCUACACUCAGAAAAACCUCAAGAUUAUCGCUUCAAGCUAGUAAAGGCUUUCCGUGAUGGCAAAGUUGACAUACUUGUGGCCACUGACGUAGCAUCACGUGGUCUUGACUUCCCUGAGGUUACCCAUGUUAUCAACUACGAUCUCCCAGACACUAUUGAAUGUUAUAUACAUCGCUGUGGCCGUACUGGAAGAAUAGGGCAUCAUGGGAUUGCUACAUCUUUCUUGACUCUGGAUUGUAAAAUUGCGGAGGAGUUGAAAGAAAUGUUGGAGGUUAUGGAGCAACCAAUCCCUAAGGAGCUUAAGAUGCCAAAACAGUUUGGAAAGAAAAUUAUUAGAACAGAAAUGGGUGAUCGUGUGAUCAACUAGAAAUUCUUACAAAUCCUCUAAAAUACUUUGAUUCUUAGCAAAAAUGUGGAGCUUGCAUAUCAAAAAUAUCACAGACAACCCAGUCAGGUGAACAUAGAUUAUGGCUACCACAGUAUCAGCAGUUUUUUUUUGAUAAAAUAAAAUGUAUUUGUAUAAUAAGAGAGAGACUGUGAACAGGUGAAGUCUUAUAAAUUAUUUUUUUUUUGGCUACAGCAAAGUAAGUAUAAGAAUUCAAUAAAACAUUGUGUCCUUA